UGUCGUCAGCCAGUCCAAAGAUGUUAAUUAUUUUACCAUGUAGUCCGCCUUUUCGCGCUACUAUCCACAAGAUUUUAAAGUACAAUUUCGCUCCGUAUUCCCCCAUCAUCGCACCAGACUCGAGGCACUCUUUCCAAUAAUCCUCAUUCGUCUUCUUGUGCUACACGCGAGCGUUGUGUUGUGUUUUCGUCAGCCUCGACGACGAGAUUAAUUACGCGUAAGUACAUAAUUAUAUUGCAUAAAAUUAAAAAGUAAACUCCUUUUAGCAUGGGGAAACAUAAGAGAAGACAUCGGUCUUCUAGUAGUGAAUCGGAUAGCGAUUCAAAACAUAAAAAACUGCAUAAAAGACUUGCUAAAUUAGAAUCUCUUCUUAAAAAACGAUCGAGGUCACGCUCACGAUCCCGUUUCCCAGCGGAACGGACGAAGCGUCGAGGCCGCUCGACUUCGGUCGGCCGUUCUCGCUCCCCCACUGUGGCUCGAUCUAGACUUUCCACGCCUAGUCGGUCCGUGCGGCAAAAACAGGCUGACAUUAGUCCGGUGAUUUCAGAUUUUAAUAAUAGUUCGAGUGUAGCCCAAGACCCGCGCGGCUUGGCAAGCACAUUAGAUUACGAUGAGAGUAUAGCCCAUAGUCCAAGCGGCGUGGCAUCUCCAACAGAUGAACUAUUAAUUCACAAUGAUUAUGACUUACCAGAGGAGGUUCUCAACAUUUUGGGUGAUGAUCCGUCUAUAAAGGAUUCUGAACAAGUUAAAGUGCACCCUGCCUUAGCAAGUCGUUGGAGUAAUAUUUUAAUAAAAGGACUGUCUGAGGCGGAUACUGCUGGUAUUUUACAAAAAUACAAAAUACCGGUUAAUUGCCCGUUAUUAGUUCCUCCAACACUAAACCCAGAAUCAUACGCUAUUAUUCCUCAAAACAUUAGAAAUAAGGAUAAUGCAUAUGUCCAAUUUCAGACAAAAUUAGGUAUGGGCUUAGCUAUUUUAGGAAAAAAUAUUGACGGCAUCCUAAACGAAGCGGAUAAUAUGCCUCCACUAUGCAAAGAAGUCUUACUACCUGGUUUAUCAGAUACAGGGCGUCUUCUUACGAGCCUAUUUUAUGAUUUAACCAUGGCACGACGCUCUUUCAUUUAUCCUUAUAUGAAUAAGGAUACCAAGGAACUCCUAGAAAAAUGUCCUCCCUCUGACCUCCUUUUUGGACCAGAUAUUUGCGAAAAAAUUAAAGCAGCUAAGACUUUGCAAACGGCCAGCAAAGACAUGAAGCCUAUUCCCUCAACAUCUGGGUUUAAAGCUCCUAGGGUCGCAGGUGGUUUUAGGAAAAAAGAGAUGAAAGGGGAGGGGGCAGAUAAAGGGAAACCAUACAAAAAUUUAAACCGGUAUCGCCCUGCCCGUCAAUCGAGGGAGACGGGACAGCAGAAAGGGCGAACCUCGAAGGACAACUUCAGAGAGAGAUACAGAGGAAGGAAAUAAACGAGCAAAAAGCCCCACCCAUUAUCUGCGAGUCUUACCUUGGUAGCCGCGAGACUAUCCGGAAGUCUCUAAUACUACAACAAGUACCGGAGUGUGCCAUUGAGACAACAUUACUCUCACUAUCGGAGGCAACCAUUAA